UUCACUUUCAGAGUUGGGUCUUGGUUUUUACGUUCGAACUGCUUUCCGUCAAGCAUUCCAUCAAUUCUUAUAAUUGAAAUUGAAUCCGAAUAGGUCAUGUGUUUUUUCGACCAAUGGCACGUAAAGACGUCAUAGUUGAGACGACUUGAGCGAGAGACAUUAACAGACAGAAAAAGUAAUACGAUCGUUGGCGUAUGCCAUCCAUAGGAAUUCGGAUUCACCAGGUUGUUGCCAGUUACACCGCUGAUGAGACACCAAUCGAUCAUCGUUAAAUGAUGGGAAAGAGGGAAGGGUGGGGGAUUUUGUUGCCGUACGCCCCCUCGUUUUGGUAUUCAAGCCAACGGAGGAUUGGCUGAUAUAAAAGCUGGACGGACACAACCAUCAAUGUCGAGUUGCGAGUUUUCCUUCCACAAGAUAGGAGGAUUGUGUUUCAUCAAUACUUUAUUUUUUUCCAACAUGAAGUUCUGGGUGAUUGUUCCCGUCCUCUGCGUUGCCUCUGUUUGGGGUGACGCCGAGCCCAAGGCCGAGGCUGACGCUGAAGCGAUUGCUGAGGCUGAGGCCGAGGCUGAGGCUGAUUUGAGACCGCAUCAUGCUCCCCAUCAUCCGGCUCCUCAUGGUUAUACCCCUGCCCCUUACACUCCUGCCUCUGCUUAUGGUUACAGCCCGGGAUACGGCCAUGAGCCGGCCCCUUAUCAUCCCGCUCCUCAGUAUGGCCCCACCCACGCCCCUCAACAUGGCGCUCCUCAUCACGCCCCGGCUUAUCCCCAGCCCCAUCACGCUCCCGCUUACCCAAGCCCUCACCACCCUGAACCCAGCUACAAUCCGCAUCACCCCGAGCCCCAUUAUGCCCCUCCUGCUUGCUCCAAGGGCAAUCACAAGCCUUUCUGCCUGGAGGAUCCUGAAUACCCCACCUAUGAGAUUCAACAAGCCAUCGAAUACAACUAUGACGUCGUUCAACAAUUGUACAAGGAUGUGCUCGCCAACACCAAGAACUCUGUCUACCGUCUGAAGGACAUCGUCGAGGAGACCUACCUGUGCCCCUCCGAGGUCAAAUACAUCCAACCCCUCCGUGCCAUCAAUGUCCAUGGCAAGUGGAGAAUCGUUGUCAACCAUGUCAAGGCUCAUUACGAGACUCUGACCCAGACCGCUCGUGUGGAACAUUGUGCCGCCCCCGGAUCUCCUUGCCCCCUGAUCCCCAAGUGCUACGAGUCCAAAUGUCUGCAGAAGCACAUUUAUCACCGAUUCUUGGUCUACGAUCCUUAUGAUAAGUACCUGCCCUUCGCCAUUGAGAGCUUCAAGCUGGCUUCAGCUUGUGCUUGCUACAAUGGACCCUUCCAUUAUGCUCCUCACUAAGGAACCUAAAAAACAAAUGUUCCGUCUGAUUUUGUCUUAAUGAUGAGCGUCGUAUUCCCCUCCACCCCCCAACACCCACUCGAUCUCCUAGAAGCACCCUUGUGAGGAGAUUGGACGUCUCGCGCCCAGAAUGGUCCCUUGAAGAACCACACACAAGAUAGUCUUUCAGCAGUUCCCCCCCCCAAAAAAAGUCUAGUCAAAUCGUCUUCAAGUGGACCACAUAUCAGAUGGCAAGGGAUCCCAACCAACUACCUCACUUGGUGUCUUUGCAUAUAAGGUCUUUUGGAUGGACUCAAAAUCGCUUCUUCUUGUUCCAAGGAAACUCUCACAGCAACUCGCACCACAAAAAUGGCAAAAUAAAUCAUGAAACAAUCAAAAAAGGAACUUUUUCAAAAGAAAAUUGAACAGCUUUCAUGGGUUUAGUGCCAUUGGCUAGUUUGACAAUAAAGAUAUGAAAUCAAAGCAUUUAGAAACACACCAAACAAAGACUCCAAGUAACUUCAGAGCUUGCCUGACACCCGUCAGUUUUAUGAAAGCUUACGAAUUGCACGUGGACUAUUGGUGAAGAAAUGUUCUGCUUUGCACAACCACUGGGAUCUUUGAUGUGAUCAUCUGGGUUCAGUUCAAUCCCAAUAAUGAUCCCAGAAGAAGACUGUCCAUCUUUUC